AUGGCCGACGACGAAGAGCGCACCAAGGCCGAGAAGCUAGCCGCCGCGAAAAAGAGGGUCGCGCAACUACAGAAGCAGAAGAAGAAGGCGAAUAAGAAAUCAUCUAGUUCUGAGGCUUCUGCGGCUAAGGAGUCUUCGCCGAGCACUGAAGACAAACAACAAGCGAAUGAAGAAGAGCAGCCACAAUCCCCGAAAGAGGAAUCGGAGUCGAAACCAACAGACGACGUGCAAGAUAAGGCUGAAGAGCAACAACAAGAUGAACCUGAACAACCUCCCGCCGCCGCCGAACAACCCACCUCCCCUUCCCCCCCCUCAACGGAGCCCCAGCCCGCCGUCAAAGCAGACACGCCGUCGCGCCACGGCCGCCAGCCUUCGCUGUCGAUCCAGUCGAAGAUGAGGUCGUCGUCGUUCCGGAAGGGGUCCGUCUCGCAGGGUAGUGCGUCGCCGCCGUCUGCGAUGCUGAAGUCGCCUUCUUUGCCGCCGUUGACGGCUGACGGGGACUCUGUGCAUGAGGUGUAUCGGAAGCAGGCGGGGCGGAUUGAAGAGGUGGAGAAGGAGAACCGGAGGUUGGAGAAGGAGCUUGAGGAGGCGACGGGCCGGUGGAAGAAGACGGAGGAGCAGUUGGAGGAGUUCCGCGAGGCGAGUGUCGAUGUUGCGGAGUUGAAGGAGAAGUUGGCGAAGGCUGAGGAGAAGGUGGGGGAGGUUGAGGAGUUGAAAGCGGAGAUUGCCUCACUGCAGAGACAGAACUCGCAUCUGCAGAAGACGCAUCGGAGUACUGCGUCGCCCGCCUCGGCGGAGUCCCCUCCUGCGGACCUUGUGCAGCAGCUUGAGUCGAAGUCUGCUACUAUUGAGGCUAUGGAGCUUGAGAUCUCGAACCUGCGCGCCCAGCUUACGGAUCAGUCUUCAUCUAGUAGUGCGCACGAGGCGCAGAUCAAGGCUCUGGAACAGAAGCUAUCAAGCAGCGAAGCAGCGCUGGAGAGUGCACAGAGCGAACUCACGGAGACUAAGAAUGCCUUAACCCGUGCCUCAGAGAAAGCCGUCAAGGAAGGGGUGGAUAAGACCUCCACAGAAACCCAGAUCAAGAACCUAGAACGGGAGCUCUCGGAAGCAAAGGAAGGCAAAUCCGAAUCCGAGAAGAAGAUCGAAACGCUGGAGAAAAAGAUCGAAGCAAUGGAACAAGAGGUCGCACAGCUCCGGAGUCGACUAGCCAGCGCCGAGAAUGAGAAUCUCCGGUUGAAAGAAGAGCAGGAGACGCUUCGCAAGCGCAACGCCGUUGGCGCGGACGACGACGGCAUCGAUGAACUCGAGGACGAAGAACGGUCCCGGCUGGAGCGCCGAAUCCGCGACCUGGAAGGCGAAAUCUUUGACCUCCGGCGCGGGGUAUGGAAGGAGAAGCGCGAGGAACUUGCCCAUGGCCGUGAACCGAGCGUCGCUUAUGCUUCCAAUGCCAACCAGGCUGCGAAUGCAUUCGACGAUGUUGACCUCAUCGGUGGAGCUCCUGAGCAUGCCCGCCGACGCAGCAUGCAGCAGCACUCGUCCUUCUCGACUGUACUCUCUAGCGGACUCGCUGCCUUCACUGGAAGUAACACACAUGGAAACAGAGCGCGCGCGCCCUCGAAUAAACAGCACCCCCCGGCUGCACGGGGCAGCCUCGAACUCCUAUCCGAGGAGAACUUGGACGACGAGUUUGACGAGGCAGAGUUUGCCCGCGCCCAGGCCGAGGAAGAAGCACGCAAGCGCGUGGAAUGGGUCCGCGAGAUCAAGAAGAAGCUCAAGGACUGGCAUGGCUGGCGACUGGAUUUGGUUGAUAGUCGGGCUGGAGCAGAAGGGGCUGGAGUGGGAAUGGGUGAGAUAUUUGAGAUCUAG